GAGGAGGGCAGGACGCCAUUUUCGCUGGGCAGCAGACAGAGGCGGAUACCGGCUACCGACAGCAGACAGGAGGAUGAGCUCCGGAGCUCGGGCUGGCAGCUAGGAAGGCACCGGCCCUGUGACAGAGAGCGGACAGGGAGCGGCUUCACCCUCACCGGCCGGCCUCCACCAACAGCGGAAACAGCUCUGACACACACCGCAGAACGAAUGUAUGACAACAUGUCCACAAUGGUUUACCUAAAGGAAGACAAGUUGGAGAAACUCACCCAAGAUGAAAUUAUUUCAAAGACCAAGCAGGUGAUACAAGGCUUGGAGGCCUUGAAGAACGAGCAUAAUUCCAUCCUUCAGAGCCUCCUGGAAACUCUGAAGUGCUUAAAGAAAGAUGACGAAAGCAACUUGGUGGAAGAGAAGUCCAACAUGAUCCGCAAGUCUCUGGAAAUGCUGGAACUAGGACUGAGUGAAGCACAGGUAAUGAUGGCACUAUCAAACCAUCUGAAUGCGGUGGAGUCUGAGAAACAGAAGCUGAGGGCUCAAGUGCGUCGGCUCUGCCAGGAAAAUCAGUGGCUGCGGGACGAGUUGGCCAGUACACAGCAGAAGCUGCAGAGGAGUGAGCAGUCUGUGGCCCAACUCGAAGAAGAGAAGAAACACCUAGAGUUUAUGAAUCAGCUGAAAAAAUAUGAUGAUGAUAUUUCUCCUUCAGAUGACAAAGACAGUGAUUCUUCAAAGGAGCCGCUGGAUGAUCUGUUCCCUAAUGACGAUGAUGAUCAAGGUCCAGGAAUGCAACAACCACACAGUAGCGCUGCAGCUGCUGCCCAGCAAGGAGGCUAUGAAAUCCCUGCCAGACUAAGGACCCUGCAUAAUCUGGUGAUUCAGUAUGCCUCCCAGGGCAGGUACGAAGUUGCUGUGCCUCUCUGCAAGCAAGCUCUUGAAGACCUGGAGAAGACUUCUGGCCAUGAUCACCCUGAUGUCGCCACAAUGCUCAAUAUACUGGCUCUGGUCUACAGGGAUCAGAAUAAAUAUAAGGAUGCCGCAAACCUACUAAAUGAUGCCUUGGCAAUCCGUGAGAAAACUUUGGGCAAAGAUCACCCAGCAGUUGCAGCCACCCUUAAUAACCUUGCAGUGCUUUAUGGAAAGAGAGGAAAAUACAGGGAAGCAGAGCCUUUGUGUAAAAGAGCUCUGGAGAUCCGGGAAAAGGUUCUGGGGAAAGACCAUCCGGAUGUAGCCAAACAAUUAAACAAUUUGGCAUUAUUGUGCCAGAACCAAGGCAAGUAUGAGGAAGUGGAAUAUUAUUAUCAGAGGGCCCUGGAAAUCUACCAAACCAAACUGGGACCCGACGAUGCCAACGUGGCUAAAACAAAAAACAACCUGGCUUCCUGCUAUUUGAAACAAGGAAAGUUUAAGCAAGCGGAAACUUUGUAUAAGGAAAUCCUGACCCGUGCUCACGAAAGGGAGUUUGGCUCAGUGGACGAUGAAAACAAACCAAUCUGGAUGCAUGCUGAAGAAAGGGAAAAAUUCAAGGGAAAGCAAAAGGAUGGCACAUUUGGAGAGUACGGUGGCUGGUACAAGGCCUGCAAGGUUGAUAGUCCGACAGUCACUACAACACUGAAGAACCUUGGAGCACUUUAUAGACGUCAGGGCAAGUUCGAAGCAGCAGAGACUUUAGAAGAGGCAGCAAUGAGGUCAAGAAAGCAGGGUGCUGUCUCACAGGGACUAGACAAUGUCCACAAGCAAAGAGUGGCAGAAGUAUUAAAUGACCCCGAAAGCAUUGAAAAGCGGAGAAGCCGAGAGAGCCUGGACGUGGUAAAGUACGAGAGUGGCCCAGACGGAGGGGAGGAAGUGAGUAUGAGCGUUGAGUGGAAUGGGGAUGGCACUGGAUCUUUAAAGAGGAGUGGUUCCUUUAGCAAGCUCCGCGCUUCAAUUAGGCGCAGCAGCGAGAAACUGGUUAGGAAGUUGAAAGGAGGAAGUUCACGAGAUGGUGAACCAAAGAAUCCUGGCAUGAAGCGCGCCAGCUCUCUGAAUGUACUUAACACGGGUGGCAAGGCUACUGAAGAUCUCGUGCAAGAGCGAAAUAAUUGUCUGACAGACUUGAGAAGUCUCAGUGCCAGUCACACUGACUUGGCACAUUAAGAUUCACGCGGAGACGCUAGCUAAAUUUCCUUUGAAUGACGACGCACUGAGACAGCCCUAACCUGUGCUUCCUCCCCUACCUGCAUAUGGAGGUUAUGCCUGUUUGAUAAUGGACUGCCCUUUUUACUUUUCUAAAGGAAAGAGAUCUAGACUUUUUUUUUUUUUUUUUUUAAAUUAGUGUAAUUAGUUUUAUUUCUUUUUAAAAGGAAGAUUUUAUUUAUAGGUGUGUGUAUAUAAAUUGCUUAUUGCACUGUGGUCUGUAGAAAUCUAUAAUAUAUACCGUACCCAACAAUUGGUAACUGUUACAACAGCCAAAUACUAGGUAGAAAACCCAUAACCUCCCAUUUCUCUUGAUCUCAAUGAUAUCCAUCAUGUGCAACUAGUGACCCUGUCACUCAGUGAGCUGAUUUGUAAAGCUACAAUGAAGAAAAUAUAAAAAAAAAAUGUAGUUUUCUAGAAAAUGUGUUGGGUUUUUAUUUUGUGUAAAGGGGAAUUGUCAUUUCUCUGGAUUUUUAUUUCCUUAUCCUCGAAAUCUAAUAAAUGUUUUGUGAGGCGUGCAACUAAAUGUAGAGUUCCACACCUCUUUAUCCUAUAACUGGGGGCUGCCAUCUUGGCGUCCUGUCAAUCAUUGUUAUAAACUGUGUCCUUUCCACCUGGCAGUCAGCAUAGAUAGCAUACAGAGAACAGGAGAAAUUAAACUAUUAAUAUUUUCAUCUAUUCUCAACCUUCGUGUGUGUGUGUGUGUGUGCUCUGCUUGGCCUGCAUUGGGUAGGAUGCCGUUUUCUAGAUCUCUAAAUCUAAAAGUACUUUAUUUAAAAUGUGGAGCAUCACAUGGGGGGGAAAUAAAGGUUACCACCAUUACUUAUUGAUGAUUUCAAUGUUAUUCAGUGUAUCAAUUACAGAGAAGUGACAGGUCUCCUUUAACUCUUGUGAACGUUUAAAGUCUCUAUUAUUCCAUCAUGUUAUAAUAUUUGUUUUUAAGGAUUCAGCCUAUUCACAUAUCAAUGAUUGAGUCCCUCACUUGUAGUACAUAAAUUUAUUGCUAUUAUUGAAUGCAGGCAUUUAGACCUAGAUAUUAAAGCUCACAGUAAACCAGAUUAACUCAUAGAACAUGCGUGUGCAAAGUUUUAGGUUGUAUCCCUUUCUACAUCUGUGUUUACCAGGAAAUUAACUCUAUACGAUACGUUAUGGUUAGGAUAGACCAUUUCUAAACCAGGCACCGUAAAAUACAGAGGAACAAUACAUUUUAGUUUUCUUUCCUAAUUGACAAAGUUAUUCGACUGAGGCAAUCCCCCAAAUGAAAUGUUUGUAGGCCAAUAACAGUCUAGUACGCUCAUCUUCAUAUGUUUUGUACAAUAACCAGUAAUUGUGAUGGGUAGAGUCUGACCCUAAUGUUGUUGGCUCAAAUGUGUUUGUGGUUUAAUGAUAAAGUCAUGAAAUACGGUAGAUUAUUUUCUUAUUCCUAUUUAGUAAUAGGGUUAGAAAAAAAAUGUCUGUACAGAAUCUUACUAUGGGAGUCUACAUAGCUAUUACCUCGCAAUUCGAGAGACAAUGUGUUUGUUCGUUCCUAAAGAGACAGUCAUCACCAGUGACAGCCGAGGGAAUUGUCAAAACCUGAUGGCAGUAGUUCUGCCUUUUGGUAAAUGGAGGGAAAUACAUAAUCUAAAGUAGUCAAUACUCUCUCAUGAGAUCUUUUACCAUUUAAUUGGUUGCAUAUUUAUGAUUUUAUUAAAGAUUCUAUCAUAAUGAAACGCUCAAAGUGAAGAUUGGAUUACUAUUGAAUAAAUUGCAAAGCCAAAACAGGUGACAAUGCUUUGUUAGAUCAUCCGUCCAUUCAUGCCUACAACAGCUGUCUGGCGAAGAACUCUGCGAGUCAGGGCUGGCUAAGGAUUUUGAGCAUUGUAGUUUACGGCUGGAGAGAUAUCGAAUAGUCCUUACACUUGAGGUUUCAAGAUUCAGUUGUGUUCUCUUCUACAUACUUUUGAUCAGCACACGAGUACAAUGUCACGCAUAAUGUAGAAUCUGUUCUGCUGGGAGGAAAUUUGUUAAUCAAGGACUUAUCAUAAAAGAAAUCUUGAGGAGUUAAUUUAGUUCCUUUAAUUUGACUACUAUAUAUAUAUGACAUGGCAGCAGUCUUGUGUUUUCAGCAUGUACAUAUGUGUCCAAGAAAAUGUGGUGAAUCUGUAAUCCUAACCGCUCUAGGGUGUAAGUAAAUUCUAGAUCAUGCAAAUUUCAUAAAAAUAGUAAAAUGUUAGAUCCACGUUUGUUCCACAAAAUCCAGAUAGGCCAUGUGUAAUUAAGAGGAAUGCAGCCCACUCUAUGCAAGCUUUAUGUGAUUAUUGGUGUUGGUGAUUCUUGCUCACACAAGAGGGUGUUGCAGUUACAUUUUAUAUGCUAUGAAAUGUUUGUACAGGUUCAUACAGAAACUAUUCAUAGAUCAGGAAAGAUUUGGCUGUAUGUUAGUAAACAUGCAAUGACCCAAAUGUAACUUAUCAAACACAUUGUACCACCCUGUGAAAUAUGUUGGUUCUUCACAAAUAAUCAACUGCAUGGGUUAGUUUUAUCAGUUUGAAAUGUGCUUGGCCCUACUGUAUUGUGUUGUACACGUGGAUUUUGCUUUUACUAAAAUGCAUUGAUCUCUUUCUAUAAUUGAAAUAUAGAUCCAGAUUAGAUUUCAGUGAAAUAUGCACAGAGCCUCCAUUUACCAACAACUCCCUGCCCCUACAGAGGGUCAGCACAUUGUACACCCAACAUACAUCGAAAGGGUUGUAUUUAGAGAUGGAUUAUUUCCACACGGUAAAGUUGUAUGUAUAUUACUGUGCAUUUUUGUUCUACAUAUUAGUUUGGCUGGUUUAUAAUUUUUGAUCCUGACUGUUACAAAUGGAACGGUUUAAUGCUGACUGAAAAAGGCUCUGUAAAUAGAUCUUUGUAGUACCUGGGGUACUAUAUGAAUGUGUAAUUUUUGUAUUUUAAUGUGGUGUGUAACAUCAGUUCUUUUUAAAUGCCAGGGUAAUGCACUAUAAUAAUAUCUAAUAAAGUUCCACUAGAUUACA